CGGCAUACCCACCACUCGAUCCACCACACGAGGGCACGAGAGAAGAACCACUUCCAUGGCCGGCGCCUCAUCGUGAGCUCCUCGCAGCAUCGCUACCGCGCCCUUGCGUUAGCUCUGUCUUCCUGUCGCACGUACGCUUGUGAGACAAGCGAGAAGGCACGUACGUUUAGUUUAUUCAUUUUCUUGGAGCGGGAUCUGAGGUUCCAACCGGCAAAAGAGAGAUGAUGGUAGGGAAGAGGGAGCGGGACUGCAAGAACCCGAUGCGGCGGACGACGAGCAUGACGGAGUUCGCGCCGCCCGACGCGCUCGCGGCGGUGAUGGAGGACGAGGAGGGCCCCCAGCUGUCCGACGACAGCAGCCGUGACGGCGGGCAGCAGGACUGGCUGUCCGCGCUCGGCGGCGGCGGCGGCGGCGUCGGGGGCGCCGCGGCGCAGGAGGACUGGCUCGCGGCGUACCACGCCCGCGCGGCGCCGGCGCGGGCGGGGCUCCGCCGGAACUCGGCCGACUACUCCGCCGUCGAGACCGCCGCGUUCCUGCGCGCCUGCGGGCUCUGCCGGCGCCGCCUCGGGCCCGGCCGAGACACCUUCAUGUACAAGGGCGAGGCGGCGUUCUGCAGCCUGGAGUGCAGGGAGCGGCACAUGACGCAGGAGGAGUGGAAGGACAAGUGCGCGGUGACGUCGAUCAAGGACGCUGCCGCGGGCUCGGCCAAGGUCAAGGGCCGCCGCGCCGGCUCCGGCAAGGCUGGGGGCACGGUGGCCGCAGCAUGACGACGAUGCUGAUUUGCUGAACCUACACCUAGCUACCUAGCUACCACCAGCUUCUCCUCAACUAGCCAGCUGCAAGCUCCGAUUAUUCACCCGUGCAACCAUCUAUAUACUAACCAUGCAUCAUAUAUGAUAUAUCCCCAGCUAGCUCAAUCGAUUAUUAAUUAUUUGUUAUCCGGAUCCAUCGCUCAUCGCUGCAUGCAAGCCAUACUGAUAGAUAUAAUACUAUACCAUUAGCUUGAUUCCAUCAUCGAUCAUCCGCGCACGCAUGCUUGGUAAAAGAAAUUCUUCAAGCUUUGUUGCUAUAUAUGCUACUGGAGUACUAUAGAUGUUGCUAUACACUUUAGUGUAGCGAUACAGCAGCAUGAGUAGACGUCCUUGUGUACAAGUGGAAAAAAGAAAGGUGAAGGGAGGAAAUUGAUGUGGCUUCGGCACUACUAGCUUGGCAGAUGCACUGGGCCACGGAUGAUCCCUGUCACUGCCACUAGCCCUGAGAACAAGACGGUGUGAAUUUCAGUGUUUCAUUAUUACCUCAAAUUGACUCUGGGCAUAUCGUUGUCCCUCCGUAGGGGGAGUUUUAUUAUUUUACUAAUUUUCUGUUUGGAUUUUUAUUAUUCACCGAUGCAAAUCAUCAUUUGUUCAAUAAAACUCGAAUCAACUUAUUAUUUGC